CAGGCAAGUCUAGGACCUGCAGCGCGGUGCAUUGUGAGUUGUCGUUGUCGGCCCGGUUCUCCUCUCAUUCAGCAAAAUGGCGACUUCUCUUGGAUCCAACACCUACAACCGACAAAACUGGGAAGACGCGGAUUUUCCGAUUUUGUGUCAGACAUGCUUGGGGGAGAAUCCUUACAUCCGUAUGACCAAAGAAAAAUAUGGAAAAGAAUGCAAGAUCUGUUCUCGACCCUUCACUGUAUUCAGAUGGUGCCCGGGGACUCGAAUGCGUUUCAAGAAGACAGAAGUCUGCCAGACUUGCAGUAAAAUGAAAAAUGUUUGUCAGACAUGUCUGCUUGAUCUAGAGUAUGGUCUGCCUAUCCAGGUCCGUGACACAGGCCUCACAGUUAAAGAUGAGAUUCCUCGCUCGGACGUGAAUAAAGAGUAUUACACACAGAAUAUGGAAAGAGAGAUGGCUAAUUCCGACGGCACACGGCCUGUAGGCCAACUCGGCAAGGCUACGAGCUCAAGUGAUAUGUUGCUCAAGCUGGCCAGGACCACGCCAUAUUACAAGAGGAACCGGCCGCACAUCUGCUCCUUUUGGGUGAAGGGAGAGUGUAAGAGAGGCGAAGAAUGUCCCUACAGGCACGAAAAGCCCACCGAUCCCGAUGAUCCUCUGGCUGACCAAAACAUCAAGGACCGUUACUAUGGCAUCAAUGACCCGGUCGCUGACAAGCUGCUAAAGCGAGCCUCAACCAUGCCCCGACUAGACCCACCAGAGGAUAAGUCCAUCACCACUCUCUACAUAGGCGGUUUGGGAGACAAUGUCACGGAUGGAGAUCUCAAGGGUCACUUCUACCAGUUUGGUGAAAUCCGAACCAUCACUGUAGUCCAAAGGCAGCAGUGCGCCUUCAUCCAGUUUGCCACGCGCCAGGCAGCUGAAAUGGCCGCAGAAAAGUCCUUCAACAAACUCAUCCUUAACGGACGGAGGCUCACUGUCAAGUGGGGGAGGUCUCAAGCAGCGAGAGGAAAAGAUGGUGUCAAAGAUGAUGAGCUUGGCAUCAGACUGGAUCCUGUACCUGGACUUCCUGGAGCGCUGCCUCCACCUCCAGCUUUAGAUGAAGAGGGUCAUGCCAACUAUUUUAACCUGGAUCCCAGCUCCGCUCCUGCUGUCAUGAACAUAGGUUUGCCUCCACCUCCAGGUAUCAACCCACCUCCUCCAGCUUUUGGUCCUCCAAUGUACCACCCUAUGGGUCCCAUGGCUCCACCUGUGCCCCCUGCUAUAACGAUGAGACCUCCGGGUGCAAUCCACUACCCCUCCCAGGAUCCUCAGCGCAUGGGUGCUCACGGCGCUCACGGCUCCCGUCACAUCACCGAGUGAAGUCCUGCAGUAAACGUUUGUCUCGGUUUCCUCACCAUGAACCUGGUCAAGUGUUUUCAUGUGACAGCCCCAAACCUGAAGACUUCACAUGGAUCAGUCCUUCCUUCUGUACACAGCCCCACAUGACAUCCAAUGAAUUCAUUACCUCAGUAUGUCUCAAGAGGAAAAAAGUGGAAUAGUACUCCAUCACUGUGUAGCUUCUUGCAGUUCUAAAUGAACACAAAAGACUUCCAACAUGAGUGCUGGCCAUGAUUACUGUUGUAAAGUUCUUAGGGGUGGACCUGUUCUUGUCUUAUUUUGCAUAGUGUCACAUAGAGCUCGAUAUGGAGGAUUAAUUCUAAAUCUGUCUCUUUUCUGAUUUCUUUUUUUUAAAAUAAAUUUGAUGCAAUAUUCCACUGCA